AUGAUGUCCCCGCAGGUGUCCCAGGGCAGUGCCAACCUGCUGCAGCUGAUGUACCAGGAGCCAGCCCGCUGGUCCUACACCUUCCAGACCUUCUCGUGCCUCAGCCGCCUCAAGGCCGUGCUGGAGCCCCCCGAGGAGAUCGGGGGGACCCCCGGGACCUCCCCCCCUGUGAGGGUCUUUGAGCGCUCACUGUUCAGUGACAGGUACGUCUUUGCCAAGACCCUGCUGGAGGCCGGGCACCUGCAGCCCCUGGAGUGGGCGAUCUACCAGGACUGGCACGAGCUCCUGCUGCGGCACCUGGCGCCCCACGCUGCCCCCCACGGCUUCCUGUACCUGCGUGCCAGCCCCCAGACGUGCCUGGAGCGGCUGCGGCGGCGGGCGAGGAGCGAGGAGGGCGGGAUCCAGCUGGGCUACCUGCAGCAGCUGCACGGCCAGCACGAGCUCUGGCUGGUGGCCAGGGCCACCGAGAUCCACUGCGAGGCGGCGCGGCGCGCGCCCGUCCUGGUGCUGGACGUGGAGCAGGACUUUGAGCACGACGUGGCCAGACAGGGCCUGCUCAUGGCACAGGUGGAGGCCUUUGUGACAUCCCUGGGUGCCCACUCUGUGCCAUCCCAUCCUGAACCCCUCAGCUCUGGGCAAGGGGCAGUUUCUGCCUGAAGACCCCGAGGAGAGGGGACACGAUCCUGAGGAGAGGAGACACGAUCUUGAGGACAAGGGACACGGUCCCAAGGAGAGGGGACACUAUCCCAAGGACAGGAGACACUACCCCAAGGACAGGGGACAUGAUCCCAAGGACACAAUCUUGAGGACGAGGGACACAUCCUGGUCCCCACUGUCCCCUCAGCCCCUCUGUCCCAGCCAGGGCUGGAUCCUCAGAGCCGUUUUGGGGUCAGGAUUGCCCAGGUCCUUGCUGUGACCCCCUGCCCACCUUUGGGGUGGAUUUCCUGCUGGAAUUCCCAUGGAAAGUUCUGGUGUUUUACCCAAGCCCCACCAUUUGUUAUUUUGUAUUUAAUUUUUUCCAUUAAAUUAAGAUCAAAUCGCUGA